UACUAAAGGAGUGAAACUGACAAUGACAUUUCAAUAACCUAUAAGUUUAGGAAAUUUAGUUUUUAUGUUUUAAUUAAAGAAAAAUAUUUAUAUCAUGACGUUACUAAAUUUAUUCCGAAUAGGUUCAUUAUCUAGAAUUGCUAAAAAGUUAACUACACUACAAAUUCAGAAUUUUUCUUCCUACGUUAAAUAUGCCGAACACAAGCAACUGGAAAAAAUAAGAAACAUCGGUAUAUCUGCUCACAUUGACUCGGGCAAGACCACACUUACAGAAAGAGUAUUAUUCUACACAGGCCGGAUAGAUCAAAUGCAUGAGGUUAAAGGUAAAGAUAAUGUUGGUGCUGUUAUGGAUUCCAUGGAGUUAGAAAGACAGAGAGGAAUUACAAUACAAUCUGCCGCUACAUAUACAAUAUGGAAGGAUCAUAAUAUCAACAUUAUCGACACACCUGGUCAUGUUGACUUUACAGUAGAAGUAGAGAGAGCAUUAAGAGUGUUAGAUGGAGCUGUGUUAGUACUUUGUGCUGUCGGUGGUGUCCAGAGUCAAACGUUAACAGUAAACAGGCAAAUGAAGCGUUAUAGCGUUCCAUGUUUAGCUUUUAUAAACAAAUUGGAUAGGUUAGGUGCAAAUCCUGAAAGGGUUUUGAAACAGAUGCGAUCCAAAAUGCAUCACAAUGCUGCAUUCAUUCAGUUACCAAUAGGUUUAGAGAAAGAAUGCCAAGGAAUAUUAGAUCUUGUCGAAGAGAAGGCUAUGUACUUUGAAGGAGAUUAUGGUGAAAAUAUUCGGUUAGAUGAAAUUCCUCAAGACAGAAGAGCCGAAGUGAAGGAAAAGAGACAUGAACUUAUUGAACAUUUGUCAAAUGUUGAUGAAAACUUAGGUGAAUUAUUCUUAGAAGAAAAGACACCAACAAUCGAUCAAUUGAAACAGGCAAUACGACGUGUGACAUUAAAGCGAACAUUUACACCAGUUUUGGUAGGCACUGCAUUAAAAAACAAGGGAGUACAACCUUUGCUGGAUGCGGUAUUAGAUUAUCUGCCACAUCCUGGAGAAGUUGAAAACACAGCCCUUAUCAAUGAGAAAAAGGGCGCAGAAGGUCAAACCAUUGUCUUAGAUCCUGCUAGAAAUGAUUCAAAACCGUUUGUAGGUUUAGCGUUUAAGUUGGAAGUUAAUAAGUUUGGUCAACUUACAUAUUUGAGAUGUUAUCAAGGAUUGUUGAAGAGAGGAGAUAAUAUCUUCAACGCUAGGACUGGUAAAAAGGUUAAGAUAUCCCGCCUGGUGCGUAUGCACUCAAACAAUAUGGAAGAAGUAAGCGAAGUUCUCUCCGGUGAUAUCUUCGCGUUGUUCGGUGUAGAUUGCGCGUCAGGAGACACUUUUGUCAACGAUGGCAAACUGCAAUUAGCAAUGGAGUCGAUACAUGUACCGGAUCCCGUGGUGUCGAUGUCCAUCAAGCCUAAGAACAAUAAGGAUAGAGAUAACUUCUCGAAGGCUGUUGCAAGGUUCACGAAAGAGGACCCAACAUUCCAUUUCCGCUACGACAGCGACAACAAAGAGACCGUCGUAUCCGGCAUGGGAGAACUUCAUUUGGAGAUAUACGCUCAACGUAUGGAGAGAGAAUACAAUUGUCCUGUUGAUCUGGGCAAACCAAAGGUUGCAUUCAGGGAGACGCUGAUGUCGUCGUGCUCGUUCGACUACCUGCACAAGAAGCAGUCGGGCGGCGCGGGGCAGUACGCGCGCGUCGUGGGCGUGCUCGAGCCGCUGCCGCCGCACCAGAACACCGUUUUGGAAUUCAUCGAUGAGACGAUAGGAACAAAUGUCCCCAAACAGUUUAUACCGGGUGUCGAGCGAGGUUUCAUAGACACGUGCCAGAAAGGUUAUCUGUCUGGACACAAAAUAUCCGGCGUCAAGUUCCGGUUACAAGAUGGCGCUCAUCACAUCGUUGAUUCUAGUGAAUUGGCCUUCUUCUUGGCUGCGAAGGGUGCUGUCAAAGAAGUGUUCGACGACGGCGCGUGGCAGAUCCUGGAGCCGAUCAUGUACGUGGAGGUGACGAUGCCGGACGAGUUCCACGGCACCGUCAUCGGGCAGCUCAACAAGCGCGGCGGGAUCGUCACGGGCACGGAGGGCGCGGAGGGCUGGACCACCAUCUGCGCCGAGGUGCCGCUCAACAACAUGUUCGGAUACGCGGGCGAGCUCAGGUCAAUGACCCAGGGUAAAGGCGAGUUCAGCAUGGAGUACAGUCGAUACUCGCCCUGCCUUCCCGACGUGCAAGAACAGUUGAUACGUAAAUACCAAGAAGAAAUGGGCAUACUGCCCGACCAGAAGAAGAAAAAGAACUAACCGCCUAGACAAUUAUUAGAAUUAUAAUUUAUUAUAUAAGUUCGAAUAUUUAAUUAUACGAAAUCAUUAAAA